UAGUACCUUUUUCCUUGCCUAAAACAACCCAGCAAAGUGAUCUCUCACAUAUCAUCUCUUUCUCCAGCACUACCCAGCCACACAACCAUAAGUCGUCUCUCAGUGUGCAGCAGCAAUCCACCAUCCUCCAUCGUCUGUCAGUCCAAUGCGAGCUACAUACCGAGAGAAGGAGAACACCACCCAACCUUCGUGACUCAUCCAGCGCCUCCCCUGUGCCGCACCGGCGACUGCGCUGCUCCGAUCCACAAACAUCUUGGUCGACGAGGUCUACAGUGUUAGAGGGAACCAACGAUGGCUGAGUUUUUGGUUAGGCCACUGCUCUCCGCGGUGACGAACAAAGCUUCCAGCUACCUUGUAUACCAGUACAAGGUGAUGGAAGGCAUGGAGCAGCAGCGUAAGGCUCUGGAGCGCAUGCUUCCACUUAUCCUUAGCGUCAUCCAAGAUACGGAGGAGAAGAGAAGUAAGAAACCCGAACUAAGCGCUUGGCUCGAUGAACUCAAGAAGGUGUCCUACGAGGCAAUCGAUGUCUUUGACGAGUUCAAGUAUGAGGCGCUCCGACGUGAAGCCAAGAAGAAGGGGCACGACGCUACCCUUGGCAAAGGCAUUGUUAUAUAUUCUCUUAUCCAUUGGCUUCGUAUAUGGGCUAUCCUACAGAAGCCUGAUUCGCGGGAUAUGGUAGUUGCGGCAUGUCAACAUUUGGAGAAGGUGGUCAAGGAGUUUUUUACCCAGGGAUAUGGGUGGUGAUCUAGUCUUAGAAUUGGUGGUCCUUAAAACUCUGUGCUUUUGGAGGAGAUGGCCAAGGAGUUGUUCAUGAGUGGCAAUUUAGUCGUUAGAUUGAUGGUCCUCAAUACUCCAUGUCAUUCUUUUUUCCUUUCGAGUGUCGUUUUGUUUGUUCGGCGGUGUGCAUCUUAGUUAUGCAGAGGCCGGAAGUGUUCUCAGGAUAAUUGUAUCACCUUGAUGUAAUUGACUGAGUUUAAUAAAAGCUUCCAUUAUCUAAAAAAA